GUAUCUGAUUUUGUAUCGCCGGAAAUCGUUCAAUUGCUAAUAAUAAAUUACUAAUAGUCACAGAAUAUGUUGGGAAAACAGCGGAAUACACAUUAUCUUAUCUGUUUUUCAUAAAAUCAAUGAUAUUAUAUUUACGUACCUAUGUCAUAUUAUACGACUCUUUCAUUCGUAUAGUCGUAUACCUACUCGUAUUAUAUUAUUUUGUAUUUAUCAUUUAUUCGUGGAUCACGUGUUCUGUCAAAUUGCUUCUUCGAAAUGGCUGACGAUAAGAACAAUCGAAAAAGGUUAUCUACUGAGAAAAUUAAUAGUUUUUUUGCACCACUUCCUAAGAAGUCAUUAACAUCAGAUUCAUUACCAAUAGUUCCUCCUGUUCUAAUAAUUCAAGACCAUUUAAGAACCGGAGAAACAAAUAAUAUCUUAGAUUCCCGAAACCAACCUUUUAUAUCUGAUGAAUUAAAAACUCCAUCAAAUUGUACAAUAGACAUAGAAAAUCAGCUCACAAAUUCUAAAAUAAUGUCGUAUGACGUUGGCGAAUUUAUUGGAAAAUCUAUUGAUGAUAACACCAAACAACAAUUACUUUUAAAUCAUUGGAAACCACCAAAUAACUAUGAGUUCCCGUACUCGGAACAUAAUAAAAUCUAUAAAAAUAAAAUUGAUAAAAGAUAUGCAAGUCAAAAACAUUUAAACAAAUUUGAAUGGCUAGUGUUAUCUGACAAGUUAAAGGGUUAUUUUUGUAAAUAUUGUUUUUUGUUUGCGACAAAAGGUGGCUGCAAAAAACAAACACCAUUAAAUCAAUUGGUAGUAAAUAGUAAAACCGUUAAACAAUUUUUCUAAGCUUUUUGGUAAAAAUGGUAUAUUAGAUACACAUGCAAAUCAUAACUAUCAUAAAGAUGCUAUAAAUACAGCAAAAAAUUUUCUUAAUGUUCUUAAAAAUUCACAAAGUAAUAUCGCUAAUAUAAUAGAUAGUCACCGUAUGCAAUUAGUUAAAGAAAACCGUAUCCAAUUAAUUCCAAUUAUUGAAACGAUAAUUUUUCUUGGUAAUCAAAAUAUUUCUUUUAGGGGUCACCGAGAUGACGGUCCACUUGAUUUUAAUAACCAAGGAAACUUUAAAGAAUUGCUUAAGUAUAGAAAUCAUGCUGGAGAUACAAAUUUAGAAAAACAUCUACAAAAUUCGUCUUCUAGGGCAACGUAUAUUAGUAAAACUACACAAAACAGUUUGAUUAAAUGUUGUGGUGAAGAAGUAAUUAAUAUAAUAGUUAAAAGAGUAAAUGAAUCUAAAAUAUAUAGCAUAAUAUUUGAUGUGAAACGACUGAUAUAUCGCAUGAAUCGCAACUUACUCUUAUUUUACGAUAUAUUUAUAAUGGCGUAAUUCGUGAAGACUUUUUACAAUUUAUAGACUUAAGGAAAGAAGUAUUAAAUAAAAAUGACAGAGAAGAUAAUACUGAAGUUAUUGAGCCCAUUGUUACAGGAAUAUAUAUCGGGGUAGUAGUACUAAAUGUAUUAAAAAAACAUUCUUUCGAUUUGAAUAACUGUGUAGGUAUUUCAACCGAUGGAUGUAUCGUUAUGACCUCUGAACAACGUGGGGCUGUGGUUGAAGUUCAAAAAGAAGCUAAAAAUGCUGUCUAUUCACCAUACCAUAAUCAUGCACUUAAUCUUUCUAUUUCUAAAUCAUAGAAUGUCUAAAGUGUGAGAAACUCGAUAGAUGCAAUGAAUGAAAUUAUUGCUUUUUUUACUGCAUCGUCUAAGCGUAAUAUUGUUUUAAAAAAUAUUCUUGGACACCAACUUAAACAACUUUGCGAAACUCGUUGGAUAGAAUGACAUGAAGGUGUUCUACAGUUUCGUGAAUCAUUUCAUAAAAUAUCACAAACAUUAGAAAUAAUUUCGCUAUGGAAAGACACACUCAGUUCUUCUAAAGCAAAGAUAUUACUUAAAACACUUCGUGACGGAAUUUAUCAUAACUAUUGUUUGUUUAUCGGACGUUCUUCACUGUACCUUACCUCUUAGUCGGUUAUACCAAAAAAAUAAUAUUGAUUUGAAAACUGCUCAGAAUAUUUUAGCUGAUACUCUUAGUGUGAUAAAUAAAAAACGACAAAACUGCGAAAAAGAAUUUAAUGACAUUUUUCAUGAAGCUCAGGAUAUAGCAGUAAAAAUUGAUUAUGACUUAAAAUUACCUAGAAUUAAUAAAAGACAGACAUAUCGAGCCAAAUGUAAUACAAAUGAUCUGCAAGUAUAUUAUCAACAGUCGAUUUAUAUUCCAAUUCUAGAAUAUGUGGCUGAAGAUUUAAAAGCUCGAUUCAGUAAUAGUACUCUAGAAGUA